CCGAAUCCCCGCGCCCAGGGCGUCCCGGGGGCGGUCCGCCCCAGCGAUGGCGCAUAAAAUCGCUGGCCACCUACCUGGUUGGUCCUCCGUGCGCUGCUGUCAGGGGCCCGCCGUGCCGCUCAGGUCCCCGGAGUUGCUGCCUCUGUCGCCUCCGUCCCCGUCUCCUUCCCCCGACAAGCGCACAGGAGCCCUGCCAGCGCCGCGCGGGUGCCACGGCGCGCAGACAUGGGCAGCCACGUUCGAGCGCGCCGGGCGGCGGUGGCGCUGGGCUUCGCGGGGCUGCUGUGCGCCGUCCUGGGCGCCGUCAUGAUCGUGAUGGUGCCCUCGAUCAUCAAGCAGCAAGUCCUCAAGAAUGUGCGCAUUGACCCCAACAGCAUUUCCUUCAACAUGUGGAAGGAAAUCCCCGUCCCCUUCUACCUCUCCGUCUACUUCUUCGACAUCGUCAACCCCAGUGAGAUCCUCCAGGGCCAGAAGCCGCAGGUGCGGGAGCGCGGGCCCUACGUGUACAGGGAGUUCAGGCACAAGAGCAACAUCACCUUCAACGACAAUGACACAGUGUCGUUCCUUGAGUACCGCAGUUACCAGUUCCAGCCCCACAAGUCCCGCGGCCUGGAGAGCGACUACAUCGUCAUGCCCAACAUCCUGGUCUUGGCCGCGGCGUUGAUGAUGGAGAAUAGGCCCGUGAGCCUGAAGCUGAUCAUGACCUUGGCGUUCAGCACCCUUGGCGAGCGUGCCUUCAUGAACCGCACCGUCAGCGAGAUCAUGUGGGGCUAUGAGGACCCCCUCCUGCACCUCAUCAAUAAGUACUUCCCAAGCACGUUCCCCUUCAAGGGCAAGUUCGGGCUAUUUGCUGAGCUCAACAACUCCAAUUCUGGGCUCUUCACCGUGUUCACGGGCGUCCAGAACUUCAGCAGGAUCCACCUCGUGGACAAGUGGAACGGGGUCAGCAAGGUCAACUUCUGGCAUUCGGAUCAGUGCAACAUGAUUAAUGGAACUUCCGGGCAGAUGUGGGCCCCAUUUAUGACUCCGGAAUCCUCCCUGGAAUUCUACAGCCCUGACGCCUGCCGGUCCAUGAAGCUAGUCUACAAGGAGGAGGGCGUGUUUGAAGGCAUCCCCACUUUUCGCUUCGUGGCUCCCAACACCCUGUUCGCCAACGGGACCGUCUACCCACCCAACGAGGGCUUCUGCCCGUGCAUGGAGUCGGGAAUUCAGAACGUCAGCACCUGCAGGUUCAAUGCACCCUUGUUUCUCUCCCAUCCUCACUUCUACAACGCUGACCCAGUCCUGGCAGAGGCAGUGUCUGGCCUCCACCCUAACCCAGAAGAGCAUUCUUUGUUCCUGGACAUCCACCCGGUCACCGGGAUCCCCAUGAACUGCUCUGUCAAGUUGCAGCUGAACCUCUACAUGAAGUCUGUGAAAGGCAUCGGACAAACCGGGAAGAUCGAGCCGGUGGUCCUGCCACUGCUGUGGUUUGGAGAGAGCGGGGCAAUGGAGGGUGAGACCCUUCAGACGUUCUACACCCAGCUGGUGUUGAUGCCCAAGGUGCUGCAUUACGCCCAGUACGUCUUCCUUGCCCUGGGCUGCAUCCUGCUGCUCAUCCCCGUCAUCUACCAAAUCCGGAACCAAGAGAAAUGCUAUUUAUUUUGGAGUAGUAGUAAAAAGGGCUCAAAGGAUAAGGAGGCCAUUCAGGCCUAUUCUGAAUCCCUGAUGACAUCAGCUCCCAAGGGGACUGUGCUGCAGGAGGCCAGACUGUAGGGUCCCAAAGAUGCCGAGAGCCAGCCUGGCCUGGCCACUCAGCCAGACGGGCUCCCCAGCCCCUACACCCCACUUCUUCAGGACUCUCUCAGAGGACAGCCCACCAGUCCCAAAGCCUGAGCCCCCACCUCCUGCUGCCACAUUCGUGUCACACGCUGCACACCCCCAGCACGUGUCCACGCUUGGGCAUAGGGGUGUGCAGACACACUCAGGGAUGGAGCCGCUGCUGAGGGGACUUGGAGAGAGGCUCGUCAACAAGGACUGUUUCCAGAACCUUCUCUUCAAGUGACCCUCAGGCCCGACCACGGGUGCCCUGGGCAUGGGGUCCCCUCCCCUGGCUGAGCCGUCGGGCCCAGGCUCUUAACGACUCGUGCCGCUCUCCCCAGCUGCUUUCUCCAUCAGCCUUGAAACACUGCGGCCCCCGCCUGGUGGCUCAUCCAGGCAGGACAAGGCCUUUACUCCAGAGGACCAGCCGCUGUCCCGAAGCCCAGCCCGGGAGUGCAGACUUGUGCGGGGGCCAGGCGGGCAGGCGGCCGGGGCUCCGUGCUUGGCCUGGACCCAGAGCUUUGGCCGGCCGAACGCCCAUCUGGGCCUCGGAAUCCGAGAUGCAUCCGACCGCGUCCUCAUCCCCUGCAGGAUGGAGACCUCCCUGAAGUCUGCACAGGCCUCGGGUUUGGUGUCCGGCCCCUUCCAUCCAGCCUAAACUGACGUCAUCCUGUAUACUGAGCCGGCCACUCCCUGGCCGGGGUGGCGGGGGCGGGGGUGCUGUGCCCCGAGUCGCCCCCACCAGGGCCCUCAGCUUUAGGUGCCGGGGCAGAGGUGGAGAGGCCCGGGGCCCGUCAGCCUGGGCGUCUGGUCGGGUGGGAGACCCGUUCACCCCGGGCUCCCGGGCUCCGGGGCGAGCCUCUGUCUCUUUUCUACUGGAAGAGAAAUGAGUUUUAUCAUCUUUUAAAAAUAAUUCACAAUUGAAUUAAUAAACUGUUUUAAAAAGUGAA